AAAUUAAAAUUACAAUAUUUCAUAUGCUACUUAAAAUUCUGGCUGGACAAGCAUGUACCUAUACUUAUAUCUCUGUUAGUUUCUUUUAUUAUAGAUUUGUCAUAAAUAUUGGAGGCUUCAUCAUCGAGGUGCAGAUGGGGAUGAAGCUCUGUGGCUUUGAUUCAGUGGCGCGAAUAGGCUUUGUCUACGCCGCAUUGAUUCUCAACUUUGUGUUUUGCUGCCAGCUUCUCCUCCUCCAACCGCUCGUUGCUGCAGAUGGCCAAGCAGGUGGUGCUUCUCUCUUUGAGAGAGUUUCACAGAGUGUCAAAGUGAAGAAAUUUAGUGAGGCUCUCAGAGACCUAAAUGCUGCUAUAGAGGCAGAUCCAGCACUUUCAGAAGCAUAUUGGCAUAGAGCAUCCAUUCUUCGUCAGCUAUGCAGAUAUGAGGAAUCAGAGAGAAGUUACAAAAGUUUUCUGGAGAUGAAACCUGGGAAUUCGGCAGCAGAAAAGGAGCUUUCACAGUUAUAUCAAGCUCAGAAUGCCUUAAAUUCAGCCAACGACCUUUUUGAUUCAGGAGACUUUACCAAAGCAUUGGAGUAUAUUUAUAAAGUUGUACUUGUUUUUUCUCCAGAAUGCUUUAAGGCUAAACUCCUUAAAGUGAGGCUAUUGAUAGCAGCUAAAGAUUAUUCAAAGGCCAUAUCUGAGACAGGAUUCAUUCUUAAAGAGGACGAAAAUGAUUUAGAGGCUUUGCUGUUGCGUGGUCGUGCCUACUAUUAUUUGGCUGAUCAUGACAUAGCCACUAGGCAUUACCAGAAAGGUCUUCGUUUGGACCCCGAGCAUGGUGAGCUGAAGAAGGCAUAUUUUGGAUUAAAAAACCUCCUAAAAAAGACAAAAAGUGCAGAAGACAAUGCCGGCAAGGGUAAACUCCGCCUGGCAGUGGAGGAUUAUAAGGCAGCCCUUGCUUUUGACCCAAACCAUACUGCACACAAUAUACACCUUCAUCUUGGACUGUGUAAGGUCUACGUGAAGCUUGGUAGGGGAACUGAUGCGGUAACGAGUUGCACCGAAGUACUUGAAAUUGAUGGAGAUCAAGUUGAAGCGCUAGUCCAGAGAGGUGAAGCGAAGCUUUUAGUUGAAGAUUGGGAAGGAGCUGUGGCCGAUUUAAAAUCAGCUGCUGAAAAGUCACCUCAGGAUAUGAACAUCCGUGAAGUGUUAAUGAGGGCUGAAAGAUCAUUGAAGUUGAGCCAACGAAAAGACUGGUAUAAAAUCUUGGGAGUUUCAAAAACUGCGUCGAUAUCAGAUAUUAAGAAGGCCUACAAGAAACUCGCAUUACAGUGGCAUCCGGAUAAGAAUGUUGACAAUAGAGAAGAAGCAGAAGCUAAAUUUCGUGAAAUAGCAGCUGCAUAUGAGAUUCUGGGAGACGAAGAUAAACGUACCAGAUUCGAUAGAGGAGAAGAUAUUGAUGAUAAUGGUAUGGGGAUGGGUGAAGAGGGAUUUAAUCCUUUUGGUGGAGGGGGUCAGCAAUUUACCUUCCACUUCGAAGGAGGAUUUCCUGGAGGGGGCUUUGGAGGAUAUAAUUUCUAAACUUGGGAAAAUAUGCAUGGAAAUGUGAUAGAUGGCUUUUACCAAGAAUUACAUGGACCGUUGAAUUUCUUUGGAAUAGCAAUUUUUGACUAACCGCUUGUAGGUGCAGUUCAUUUUAAUUUUUAUAGUCUGUUGUUAGUGCUAAAGGUUGUACCUUAAAAGCCGCGGCUUCAAAAUGAACAAUGAACUUUAAUUAUGUACAAAUUUGAUUCAAUGAAAGAAGAGCAAUUGCUCGAAUGCUACGAAUUUCUUCUA